AUGGUCUCGCCGCUGCCCACUGACCCAGAAAAAAGGAAUGGCACGCCGGGCAAGAAGAAGGGCGCCAACGACGGCCAGACAAAUAUGAAUGGGCCCGACUUUGCGAAAGCAAUUGGCAUCAACAAGCCCGCCAACGUAAAGGACAAGAUCAAGCGAUGGCAGCAAGAGGUCGAGCCAGACGCGGCGGGCGGCGCAGAGAAGGCGGGCCCGUCGGCGACAGAGAGCCCAAAGACCGCGCCGGCGACCCCAUCCGCACCCUCGCCGAAGCCGACGACGCCCAAAGUGAAGCCCAUAGACGACAAGCCCAACUGGAAGCCUGCGCACACGCCCAAGAAGUCGGCCGACGUCAGCCCGGAGCGGUCCACCAGCCCCAAGAAGACGCCCGUCGCACACAACAAGCUCGACGACGAGGUCCUCGUAGCGACCGCCCCCAAGAAGCGCGUUGUUAGCGACUCGCGCUGGCGCAACAAGCAGUCGCCGCCAAAGGAUACCGCCCGUCCGCCGCCCAAGACCAUCCCCAACGCCUGGGUGCGCCCCUCCAGGAUCGUCAAGAAAGACCGGCAGGACAGCAAUGAAGACAUCAAGCCGCCGCCCCUCGAAAAGCCAGAGCCCAAAUCACCGCAGCCGCAGCCGCUGGACCCGGCAGUGAAUGCGCUCGUGUCAUACAUGGGGAAGAGUACAGGCCAAAAGAAGCCUCCCGCCAAACAGCGAAGACCCUCGAAACCAUCCAGCUCCGAGAACGAACGGCCUAACAGCAAAGGCUCGGGCAGUGCAGGGGAAGUAAAGAGCGAAGAGGACGCCGCACUGGCCACAUCACCGAAGCCUCUUAAAGAACCCGCAGAAAUUAUCAAGGUUCGUCGCCGGCCGCGUGCGCGAACAUCGCCGAGGGGGUCGCUGUCGGCAGAAGACGUUUCCACACCUAGGCAAAGGCCUGCACGAAAAUCAGACACAUCGCUUGUCCAUGACCCCGACAAUGUCGUCACAGUAGAGUACGAAGAGAGCAGGAUAUCUGCAGUGACUUCACCACGAGACGACGAGCUACGCGAGAGGCGCAGACGGCGGAGACCCAAGAGCCAGGGUGAUGCAUCGGCGAACGAGGAGCGCAGAGUCUCGCCUGGACGGAGACGCCGUCGCAGGUCGUCUCCCAGGACAAGCCCACCGAAUAUCGUUUCACCACCUCCCGAGCCCGCAGCGCCCGCAACACCGCCCAACAAGAGCUUCGGGACAAGACUCGAGGCAUGGCUUGAUGGAACCCCUGCUCCGCCGCUCGAGAGGGAGUCGCGCCGCAAGCGACGAUCCAGAGAGUCAAUAUCAACCCUUGAGCUGCCGCCCAAAGCCAACGCAUCAGAUGUGACCGUGUCGACCGAGUCCAAAGAUGAGCCUGUGGAAGAAGAGCGACCCCGCAGCGGUGGAAGUGGAAGCAGGCGGCGCAGAAAACGACGCAGCCACGAGAUCAAGAUAGACACCAAGAUCGUCGAUGAGCCAGCCAGCACCGUCGUAUCUGAAGUCACAACUGACUUUACCGCCUCAACUCUGACGGCCUCCACGAUGACAGAAUCCACCAUCACAGACUCUACCAUUACGGAUUCUACCAUUACAGACUCUACUAUCACAGUCUCCACUGAAAAGGACUCCGAGGUCUCCCUCUCGCCCACACCUACCUUGAAGCGUCGAGGUGCAAAGCGCAGCCACCAUUCUCCAACCAAGAGCCGAUCCAUAUCCUCACCGCUGCGCGAGACCAUGUCCAUUGAUGACGAGCCAUAUCGAGAUGACAAAGAUUCUGAGGUUGCCUCAACCGCGCCUUCGUCAUCGGUAGAUAUCGAAUAUGAGCACGAGGCAUUGCGACCACGACCGCUUUCCGUGCAGCGUGGCUUCCCAUCCAAGGGCAAACGUCUUUCUACAAUUGCCUCUGUCGAUUCCUUUGCUACUUCGUCGCAAAGAGCGCCUCCCUCUGCAGCAACUUACUCUGAAUUUAGCACCAUCUCUGAGGAAACAGAGACCGUCACUGGCAGAUCGCAUCUAAAUCCGGAAACUUCAACCAUCGUCAGCCGCAGAAGCACGCGACGCAAGAAGCUUGCCACGCAUUCCGACUUGAUGUCUGUUUUAUCAAUGCCCAAAGCGGCAGGCACGAAGAGCAUUGUGUCUGCUCGAAGCAUCCGUACAAACAGGAGUCGCCUUGCUACUGCCACCAUGGGCGACAUCAUGAGGGAGCUUGCCUCGGACGAAAGUAAAUAUAUGCGAGAGCUACGCACUCUUGUUGACGGUGUGAUUCCUGUCCUCCUCAGCUGCGUCCUUUCAAAGUCCGAUUCUGCUGUCGCUGCUGGCUUGUUCUCUCGUUCAGCCCACACCGACCCCAGCGACGUCACCAAACCAAUUGUUAACAUGGGUGUAUCCCUUGAGCGGCUCAAGAACCUGCACAAGCGCGUCCCCAAAGAAGACCCAGAAGCUUUCGUUUCCUGGGCACAAAGUGCACAGCGAGUGUACGCCGACUACAUCGCUGCCUGGCGUCUGGGCUUCCAAGAUGUUGUAAUCAGCCUUGCACCCGCUGACGACGAUCCAUUCAAGCCAGCCAAAGUCGUCGAUGGUCCCGAGGAUGGGGCACCCUGGGACGAGGGCAUGCCACGGAAUGCCGAAGGCUAUGUCGUCAACGGAGAUGGUGAACGAGUCGAUGUGGCCUACAUGCUUAAGCGGCCUCUAGUGCGGCUCAAGUAUCUGGCAAAGACUUUGAAGGGUGUGAACCAUGUUAAGCCAUCAGAGCGCACGGAAGAUAUAUCGAAUAUAUUCCAAGAUCUCGUCAACGCUGCACGCAAGCGAUCCAACGACGAACAUGCCCGACUCGAAGACGAAGCUGCCACAAACAUCGAUGCUACACGUGCGCGCGACCCACGAAGCCUGGCACCACUUGCGGGCGUACGAAUUGAUCCUCAUCGUUGCGUGCGUGCUAGAGAUCAUUUCGACUUGCACCUUUAUCACUCCACUGGCCAAGAGGUCAGCUGUCGAGUGGAAGUCCUCAUCCGUGAUGAUGCUCCAGGAUAUGGAAACAGUGGAGAUCUACUGUUCUGCGAGGUCGAUGCAACUGGACGCUGGCUCCUUCUCCCACCCAUCAUACAAAAUCGAGUGUCGGCCCGCAAUGGUGACCUCAAGGGUGAGAUCAUCGUCAUGAUUCAAGGAGUGCAAGCAGAUGGAGCCGAAUGGAGCGAGGUCAUGUCUCUCAUCUCCGAUGACGAACAAGCAGGAUUUGAGUGGGUGCAAAUGCUCGGUCUUACUCCGAUACCGCCACAGAUCUCCGAGAUCAGAACACAAAGCAAGGCACAACCCUUGAGCAGCCAUGCACCAUCAUCACUACUAUCAGCUGGUACAGUGUCGACUGUCCCACACAAGAGCAGGACGCCUAGCCCGCACGAAAUCGAGAUUCCCAUUGGCGAACAACAUACCGAAGUCUCGAAGGUUUGGCGUUAUGACACGCCUGAGAAGCGCAGACAGUCGCGUACCGUGUCACCAACAACACCACCCAGCGCUGAACAGUCCCAAGUCAGCAACACUUAUGACGCCACUGAAUUAUCUUCCCCAGCUGAGGAAGUGCGUCCGGUCAGCGAAGGGUAUGAAGACCCUAAUCGCACGCCCCGCAGCCUUAACGAGGCAGUGAGGUUAGCCGGCACUGGUUCAUCUACUGGUCUCAAGCGCGCUAGAGCCACUAAACGCAUUUCAAAGAAUCUUGCUGGCUCGCCGAGCUCAGCACGACCGUCGCGCCAGAUUACCCUUGAAGACCCAGAAGAAGAGCCAAAGCCCGUGGAGGAGGAGAUCAAGCCGCGCAGAAAAUCCACCAAACGACGACCCCAGUCGCUCCCACCUGCGCCCUCUACAGUGUCAUCUUCAAGCAAGGCUUACAGCGUCUGGAUGCCAGGAUCUGAGGCAGAGUACUCGGACGAGUCUGAAGAGGAUACACAAAGCAUCGAUGAUACGGUCCUCGAGAACUACCCGCAUCAGCACCAGCCAGAACGCGUAGACAUCGCGAGCCAAGCGUCGAAGAGGUUGACAAAGUGGAUGAAGAGCGAAAGCGAGGAUGAUGUCGCGUCCGAAGGAGAACAAGAAAUAGAUGAAGAAGACGAUGCAAGCCUCACAUCAGACUCAUCUGAAGACGAACUCGAUGACGAUGUGCCAAUGCCGCUGAUGCCGAUUGGAUACAUUGGUCCGCGAGGUUACGCAACGCGACCAAACUCAGGUGGCAGAGAUGUUACACGACCAAGCCGAGACAAAGUCGACGUCGAAGACACUAAGAAGUUCCCUAAGGUCUCGCCACCCGGCUCCAUCUACACUCUUCCAAACGGCACAAUCACGCCUUCUCAAUCCGCAUCCAACACACCUUACCGGACUGUUCCUCAAGACAGCGGAAAGGCCACCAAGGCGGUUGCAUCCAUCUUCUCCUGGUCCGACGCAGGAAGGUGGGAUAGCCUGCAUCCUGAAGAGUGCAGCAUUGUUGUCACACCAGGAAAGAUCGAGGUCUUCGAAAUCUCCUCCAUGCAUUCAAAGCCCUUCGUGGCUGACGGCGACGAGAUCAUCCAGCCAGAAGGACGUGCUCCCCUUAUUGCGGUUGAGCUUACCCCUCUGGUACCACUUCGCAAAUCUACUGCUAUCGACAUCUCCAUCCGCUCUCCGCCCACAGGAGAGUCCCGAAUCAAGGCUGGCAAUAACAUAAUGCUGAGGAGUCGCAACCCCGCUGAAUGCUCCCAGCUGUACGCCAUGAUCAACCAGUCGCGUAUCAACAACCCAACCUACAUCGCGCUUCAGAACGCACGCGGACCAUAUGGACAAACGAGCUGGGCUGAGGCCAUGGAUCGUUCUAAUGCUGCCCGUUCGAACCAAAACGGUUCCUCAGGAUGGCUCACUGGCACGCUUGGUCGCAGGAGUAGCUACAGAAAGACAAGCACACGAGCCGCAUCCAUCUCCGCAGCCACCGACUCCUCCGUCGGCACCAUGAAUACAGCGCUUCGUUCUGCACUCGGUCGCUUCUCCUGGGCCAAGAACGGCGUCUUCAGCGUCCGCAACUCAACACUCGGCUCGCGCAGUGAUGGAUCAUCCUUUGACGCCGGCUCCAGCGGCGGUUCAGGAGCCUCAACACCCAACGGUGACACUAGAGCGCCAGGCGCACCGGCCGGCAUCACAAAUACAAAGUGCCGACUCUACGAGCGAGAGAGCCUGAAGAAAUGGCGCGACAUGGGUAGCGCCCGCUUGACAAUCAUGCUACCCAGCCCAAACCCAACCGAGCCAUCUUCACCCACAAAUCCACUGCAACGCGCGCCUGGCCAGAGAGAUAUCAAACAAGAGCGCCGCAUUGUAGUCACAGGCAAGAAGGGCGAGGUGCUACUCGACGUCACCCUAUCCGAGUCGUGCUUCGAGCGCGUGGCAAGAUCUGGUAUUGCUGUAAGCGUGUGGGAAGACGUCGUCGGCGACGACGGGCACGUAGGCCGCGUCGCAAAGACGGGCGGCGUCAGCGGAGCAAGAGCAAGAGUCUUCAUGAUUCAGAUGAAGAGCGAGAGGGAGUGCGCGUAUUGCUAUGGGCUUCUGGGUAAGCUCAGGUACUAA